CUCCGUUUUCUUUGUGUGCCUGUUCGUUCUCGUUCUUGCUUCGCUCUCUAAGUUUCCCGUCUUCCUUCUUUCUGGUCUUCGCUCCAUCUCUCCAGACCUUAGCACAGGACUACCUUCUCUUUCGUAAGCGAUUGUGCUGGGUCCUUUUCCGGUACGGCGUGAUCGACCGCGUCCGUCGCCAGCCUUUUUUGGGUCACCGCUCUGAGCUUCCCCAGUUCCUUCCUUUCCCUCCGCUUCUUGCGCUCUUUCCGUGGUGCGGUGUCCGCCUGCUUCUCCCCUUUGUGUGUCUUCGUCUCUCGUUUGUCCUUCGACUUGGCAAGAUGCAGACGCCGAUGAUGACUCCGCAGACGACGCUCUCCAGCGGCAUGGGAGGCAUCGGCAGCGGGCAGACACCCGGGACGCCUGGAACGAGGCUGAGCAGCUCCGGCGUGUCUACACGAGGCCGCCCGACCAAAAUUGCGCCGGACAUGAGCAGAAUCAUCUACGUCAGAAACCUCCCCUUCAAAAUCACAGACGAUGAACUCUACGACAUCUUCGGCAAAUACGGAGCUGUCAGACAAAUUCGAAAGGGCAACACCGACAAGACGCGCGGGUCAGCCUUCGUCGUCUACGAGGAUGUCUUGGAUGCCCGCGCCGCCGUCGACCAGCUUUCCGGUUUCAACGUCGCUGGCAGGUAUCUGAUUGUUUUAUACUACAACCCGCAGAAGGCUGCGCAGCGCCAGCAGAUGCUCGCACAGAAAGAAGAACUGGAACGCAUUCGCCAGUCGUACCAAAAGAAAUCAGGCGCGUAG